AUGCCUGCUCAGCUCCCCACUCGCAAGAUCGGUACGACUGAUGUCUCUGCCCUUGGUUUCGGUGCUAUGGGCAUCGGAGGCUUUUCGUACACUUCUCCGGAUGCCGAGAAGGACAACAUGAAGUUCCUGGACCAGGUCUACGAGCGUGGUUGCACCAUGUGGGAUACCGCCGACUGCUACGGUGAAUCUGAGCAGAUCAUCGGCCAAUGGUUCAAGCGCACUGGAAAGCGCAACGAGAUCUUUAUCAGCACCAAGGUCGGAUACGUCUUCGGUGACCGCAUGGUCAACGGCGAGCCAGAGUACCUCAAGUCUGCCGUCGAGAAGUCUCUCAGCCGUCUCGGUGUCGACCAGAUCGACCUCCUCUACCUCCACAGGGCUGAUCUCCAGACGCCUAUCGAGAAAUCGAUUGAGGCAUUGGCGGAAUUUGUUAAGUCUGGCAAGGUCAAGUACUUGGGUGUCUCUGAGGCUUCCGCCGCUGCCCUCCGCCGUGCCCACUCCGUUCACCCCAUCUCCGCCUACCAAGUCGAAUACUCUCCAUUCGCCCUCGAUGUCGAGGACCCCAAGAUCGGCAUCAUGCAGGCCUGCAAGGAGUUGAACAUCGCCCUUGUCGCCUACUCUCCUCUCGCCCGUGGUGUCCUUACCGGCCAAUACAAAUCGCCAAAGGACUUCCCCGAGGGCGACACUCGCCCAUACAUGCCCCGUUUCUCCGAGGAGAACUUCCCCAACAUUCUUCAGCUCGUCGAGGACAUCAACACCGUCGGCAAGAAGCACAGCGCAACACCCGCCCAGGUCACCCUCGCUUGGCUCUUGGCUCAGGGCGAAAACGUCAUCCCCAUCCCGGGCACACGUAACGUCAAGCGUCUCGACGAGAACUUGGGUGCUGUCAACGUCAAGCUCACCGAGGAGGAGGUCGUCGCUCUCAGGAAAGCAGCGGAGAAGGCCGACUUGCCAGGCGUUCCUCGUUACCCUGCCGGCUACGACGACCACACUUUCAUCGACAGCCCUCCUCUGUAG